AUGUGGUGCGCGAGCCCAGCUACCGUGGUGGCCUUUUGCGCGGGGCUCUGGGUCUCUAGCCUGGUACCGGCACAGGGCCAGGGGGCCGACUGUGAAGGUGAGCGGUGUGAGCCCUGCUUGCAUGGCGGCGGCACCGCGCGGCAGGCAGCUGUUGUCCUUGGCUUCUCCGGCCCUGGCUGUAAAUUACAUGUCACUCGGCAAAUGCGGGCCCUGUCCCUGUGCUAUUAUCUAGGAGCCACCAAAGACGCAGCCACGAAGAUCCUAAGUGAGGUCACACGUCCGAUCAGUGUGCAUAUGCCUCCAGGGAAGAUCUGUGACAAGCUGAAGAAGAUGGACAGUCAGAUCUGUGAGCUGAAAUACGAAAAGAAAUUGGACUUGGCUUCCGUCGACCUGGGGAAGAUGAGAGUAGCAGAGCUGAAGCAGAUCCUUCGUAGCUGGGGGGAAGAGUGCAGAGCUUGUGCCGAAAAAACCGACUACGUGAAUCUGAUCAAAGAACUGGCCCCCAAGUACGCAGCCACACACCCCAGAACAGAACUCUGA